AUGUCAGUUGGACGUUUGAUAGAAGAAGUGACAAAAACUAAAAAAAAACUACACACAAACCUGUCGAGUUUCCCCCCCACAAAAAACGAGCACAGCCAGCUAGAUAGGGACGUUAUGACACAUAGGAUUAUUGCCCCGAAACAUAUGUCAACACUGGGGGUAAUAAACUCAUGGAGCUGCGCAACGGCACACAGGGGAGAAUAACGAGCCUCCGGCGGGGCUGCAAGAGAGUCGAGCCGCCCAUCGCGAACAUGAGGCGGGAUGUCAGUAAAGUUUUGCGCCCGCUUCCCGUGGAGACCAACGAUGAUGAUGAGCCCAUGGAAGAAGAGGACUGCUUCUCCACGGGCUUCCUUAAGAGUGCCAACCGGGAGCUCGCGACGCUGUUCUCGGCGCCCCGGUAUAGUCUGAUUCGGGAGGUGGGUCGUGGGAGCUACGGCGUGGUGUAUGAAGCCGUCGCCCGCAGGACCGGAGCCCGGGUGGCCGUGAAGAAGCUCCGCUGCGACGCGCCAGAGAAAGUGGAGCUAGCGCUGGCUGAGUUCUGGGCCCUGGCGAGCCUGGAGAAGAAGCACGAGAAUGUGGUGCAGCUGGAGGAGUGUGUGUUGCAAAGAAACGGGAUGGCACAGAAAAUGAGCCACGGAAACAAGCGAAACAAGCAGUAUUUGAGAUUAGUGGAAACUUCACUGAAAGGUGAGCGUAUCUUGGGUCACCCAGAGGAACCGUGUUAUCUUUGGUUCGUAAUGGAGUUCUGCGAUGGGGGCGACCUCAACCAGUACAUCCUCUCCCGACGACCUGAUCCGCGGACCAAUCGCAGUUUCAUGAAGCAGCUGACCAGCGCCGUGGCCUUCCUCCAUAAGAACAACAUUGUCCACCGGGACCUCAAACCAGACAACAUUCUCAUCUCACAGAAAUCGGAUGGUCCCGUGAUCAAGGUCGCCGACUUCGGCCUCAGCAAGGUGUGCGCGGGACUCAGCUACAUUGAGAACGACGGCGACAACCGUGUUAACAAGAACAUGGUGAACAUUAAUAAGUUCUGGCUGUCGUCAGCAUGCGGUUCUGACUUCUACAUGGCACCGGAGGUGUGGGAGGGCCAUUACACCGCCAAGGCGGACAUUUUCGCGCUCGGCAUCAUCAUUUGGGCCAUGGUAGAACGCAUCACGUUUAUCGACGCCGAAUCCAAGCGAGAGCUCCUCGGCACGUACAUUCGCCAGGGAACCGAGAUCGUCCCGGUGGGCGAGGCCUUGCUGGAGAACCCGAAGAUGAUCCUGCAUAUCCCGCAAAGGACACGCAGUAUCAUGUCGGAGGGCGUCAAGCGGCUUUUGCAGGACAUGUUGGCGGUCAACCCGCAGGACCGGCCCGACGCAUUUCAGCUGGAAGUUAGAAUGGACCAAGUCACAUGUGCGGGAUAAGCCGACCUGAUUGGCCAAAACGAGCAAGCUUGCUCUUUCAGGUUUCCAGAGUGGAAUUGCUCACCGAUGGAAAGGAAAUCAAAAGGAAUCAGUGAAUCCUUGGAACUGUGAAAUUUCUCUUGUUCUCUCACUUCCAGAAAGCAGAAGUGAAAAGAAAAGUCUCGAUCUCUACAUUAAAGACCCAUCACGUGGAAAUGCUAUGCAGGUAUCUUUCAUAACACGCUGUUUUUCUACUUCAGUGCAUCGGAUUCCCGAUACAAGUCUUCCAAACUGACUUCAAACCCAUGUGUUUUCCUGCUCAAAUCUCUCCAGCAAUGAUUUCACGUCCCUCUCGUUCUCUGCUGUGACUCGUGCUGUUGUUCUGGACCAGAUUUCGACACACACGUUGCACUAUGUCCUCAAACAAGCAUAUCCGCUGAAACUACCUUUCGCCCCAUCCUUCUGACGGGGUUUACCAGACAGUAUAGAUGUAAAUACUUCGAUGUAGUAGAUAAUGCAGCACUAGGAUUGAUCGAAUGUUGUCGAAUGCUCUAAAAUAUUCACGGGAAAACAGAGAAGGAAGUUAUUAUAAAGCUCACAACCAUAAAGACUUACUGUGAACGAUAUAAUGUGAAUAACCGGGUACAUAGCGACCCCGUCUCUCCUGUAGGAAUGAAUGUUUCUGACCCGAACAACAGCACUUCUAUAAAAAAAAACAAAAAACAAUUUAAAUCACUGUUGUGCCUUAUUUUCACUU